AUGCUCUCCCCUUAUAUGCUCAAAUGCUCCAGCGGUGGCUCAGCCAUCCGCAAGAUGGAUAACCUUGCUCAGCAACUCGCCAAGGAACAUGGCGCCGACAAAAUCCACAACUUUACAAUUGGAAAUCCACGUGUCCCACCGCCAAAGGCCUACGUCGAUGCUCUUAAGGAAGUUGCUGCUGAAGAGAUCCCACUUUGCCACGGAUAUUCCUCCACACAAGGUGAUGAGAAGCCCCGUGAAGUUCUUGCCAACUUAUUCUCAGAAAUUCAAGGCAUUGAGAUCAACCCAGACUGCAUUAUUCUCUCCUCUGGCUGCGCUGGUGCCAUCAACGUUGCCCUCAGAACAAUUCUCAACGUUGGAGAUGAAGUCAUUCUUACAGCUCCAUACUUCCUUGAAUAUCCAUUCUACAUAGAGAACUGGCAUGCUGAAGUCAAGGUCCUCGACACAACAUUCGAAGACAACUGGCAGAUCGACCCAACAAAGCUCGAAGAAGUCAUCACACCAUUGACACGCGCUAUCAUCAUCAACUCCCCACACAACCCAACAGGCACACUCCUUUCCCAGGAAACCGUCAACAAGAUGUGCGAAGUUCUCGACCGCAAGUCAAAGGAAUACGGCCGCCCAAUCUACGUCAUCUCCGAUGAUGUUUACUGCCGUGUCCUCGCUCCAGGAGCCAAGCACCACCAGAUCUUCAACGUCUACCCAUACUCCAUCGUUGCUUAUUCCCUUUCAAAGGAUCUUUCCAUCCCAGGUGAGCGUAUUGGCUGCAUCAUUGUCAACCCUCUCCUCCAGAACUACAGGCUUCUCGUCCAUUCCCUCGCUCACGCUAACGAAAUCAUGGGCUUCGUUCAUGCAAACAGAUUACACAUGAGAAUCAUCCCAAAGGUCGUUCCAAACACAUCAGAUAUCAACUUAUACAACGAAUCCCGCGAUAUGAUCUGCAAGGCCUUGGAUGAAGUCGGAAUCAAAUACGUCAAGCCACAGGGUGCAUUCUACAUCUUCCCGAAGAUCCCAGAUGGCAUCGACGAGUGGGACUUCUGCGAAUGCCUUGCAAAGAACUUCAUCAUCGUCGUUCCAGGCUCUGCAUUCGCUAAGAAGGGCUUCUUCCGCCUUUCAUUCUGCAAGCCACCAAAGGAUAUCGAAAUCGCCAUCCCAAUCAUCAAGAAGGCUGUCACAGAGGCCUUAAAGCUCAAGAAGGAGUAA